AUGAGAAUUAAGAAGAAGAAUACUAGUGGUAAUGCCAGAAAUUUUAUUACGAGAUCUCAGGCUGUGAGAAAGCUGCAGGUGUCGUUGGCCGAUUUUAGAAGGUUGUGUAUCUUCAAAGGUAUUUAUCCUAGGGAACCCAGAAACAAGAAGAAGGCUAACAAAGGCUCUACUGCACCUACAACAUUUUAUUACUCGAAGGAUAUUCAGUAUUUGAUGCAUGAGCCUGUGUUGGCCAAGUUUAGAGAACACAAGACUUUUGCCAAGAAAUUGACAAAGGCAUUGGGAAAAGGUCAAGUUUCGUCUGCCAAAAAGUUGGAAGAGAACAGAAGUACUUAUAAGUUGGACCAUAUCAUCAAAGAACGUUAUCCAAGUUUCCCUGAUGCUCUUAGAGAUAUUGAUGACGCAUUGAACAUGUUGUUUUUGUUUGCCAAUUUGCCAGCUACAGAUCAGGUUUCUUCGACUCUUACUAGAGAAGCACAGGCUAUUUGUAAUCAAUGGUUGGCAUUUGUCGCGAAGGAACGUCUUGUGAGGAAAGUCUUUGUCUCUAUUAAGGGUGUGUAUUACCAAGCAGAUGUCAGAGGUGAAGAAGUCAGAUGGUUAGUUCCAUACAAGUUCCCCGAAAACAUUCCUAGUGAUGUUGAUUUCAGAAUCAUGUUGACAUUCCUCGAAUUCUACUCUACUUUGAUGCAUUUUGUGCUUUACAGACUGUAUACCGAUAUCGGAUUGGUGUACCCGCCCAAGUUGGACGCUGAGAAGGAUAAGAUAAUAAGCGGAUUGUCCUCAUAUAUUCUAGAGUCUCAAGAAGAAGAAAACUCCUUGAGAACCGGACAGUCGGACUCAAAUUCUACCGCAGAGGCCAAGACGUUAGAUGCAGCUACGCUAAAGUCAGCGCUAAAAGUUGAUGAUGACAAGAAGGAUGAAGAUCAAGAAGAGGCUGGCGAAACAGAGAGGGUGGAAACUACGAAACUUGACACUUUUGAAGAUAACAACAAGAAUAAGGGUGAUGUCUUGGAACAACCAACAGAAUACAACUCACCUGUCUCUACGUUAUUUUCCAAAUUUGUUUUCUACGUUGGCAGAGAGGUUCCUAUAGAUAUUGUUGAGUUUUUGAUUUUAUCUUGUGGUGGUACUGUGAUAAGUGAAGCAGGAUUGGAUCAAUUGGAGAAGAAGAAUGAAAUUGAUUUAUCAAAGGUUACUCACCAACUUGUCGACAGACCUGUAUUGAAGAACAAAGUUCCAGGUAGAACUUACGUACAGCCUCAAUGGAUCUUUGACUGUAUUAACAGAAGUGACUUGCUUCCUGCUAAUCAAUACUUGCCUGGUGAGAGUUUACCACCUCAUUUAAGUCCUUGGGGUGACAGUGUUGGUUACAACCCAGACGAAGAAGAAGAAGCUGAAGGUGAAAGUGAUGCUGAAAGUGAGGUCGAAGAAGAAGCCGAAGACCAAGUGGAAGUCGCCAAGGAAGAAGAGUCAGAAGAUGAAGAUUUGGCUAACCAAAAAGAACUAGAGCUAGAAGCCCAAGGUGUCAAAUACUCAGAAGCGCCAAAGGAGUCUUCGAAACCAAGUAGUAAGAAGAGAAAGGCCGUUUCUGAGGAAGAAGAGGAGAAGAGACUAAAGAUGAUUAUGAUGAGUAACAAACAGCGUAAGCUUUACAAGAAGAUGAAAUACUCUAACGAAAAGAAGGACGAUAGAGUAAAGGAUUUGAAGAAGAAGAAGAAGCAGUUGUCUAAGGCCAACGGCAAGUUGAAGAAUCUCGACAGAAAGUAA